AUGGAGGAGUCGGAAGCGAAUGAUUUCUUUUUUCAAAUUUCAGAAGUUUCAAAUCCGGAGCUCAGAGAUAUAGGAGCUAAAAUCGUGAGAAAAUGUGGUUUCUUGCCCUUAGCCAUCAAACUGAUUGCAACAAACUUUAUAUCUCAAAAUAAGUCAGUAUGGAGGGAUACACUUCACCGCUUGAAUAAAAAUGAUCUCCAUAAGAAUUUGCAAAGUGACUUUAAUAUUCCAAUCGAGGAUCUAACAAGAUACGCAUGGGGGCUUAAGUUGUUGAACGAAGUUCCUACUCUAGGGAUCGCUAGAGACAGGACAAAAACAUGUGUACUCAAUCUCAAGAAUGCAAAUUUAUUAAUGGAUAGUGAUUACUCGGAGUGUGUCAAAAUGCACGAUCUUGUGCUUGUUUUUGUGGUAGCUAAAGUUUCUAAAGGCGAUCACCCAUGGCUCAUUAACCAUAAUGAUGUUUCAAAUUGGAGUAGAGCUGAAAUGAGCGAGUCUUGCAGAAGAAUCUCUUUGACAUGUAUGGGCAUGUCAAAGUUCCCGGGAGACUUUAAUUACCCAAACGUGUCCUUAUUGAGACUUAUGAAUGGCGAUGAAUCACUUAAGUUUGCUGAAGAUUUUUAUGAGAAAAUGGAAAAUCUUCAAGUCAUGGCAUGCAUCCGAUAUUUACCAUCUGCAAUCGGAAAUCUAGUGAAGCUAAAGCUAUUGGAUUUAACAGGUUGUAUUGAUCUCCAUAUCCAAGAAGGCGUCUUGAAAAACCUGGUCAAGCUUGAAGAGCUUUAUAUGAGGGUUGCUAACAAAAAGGGCAUCAGAUUCACAGAUAUAAAUUACAAGGAAUUGGAAGAACGUUCCAAGAAUCUUUCUGCAUUAGAAGUGGAGUUCUUUGAGAACAACCCCCAGUCAAAGAAUAUGUUGUAUAAUAAACUCGAAAGCUUCAAGAUAUCUAUGGGGCGUUUUCUAGAAGGAAUUAGUGGCAAAAAUAAGCACUCAUCUGAAAACACGCUGAUGUUUGAGGUUCCUACCAAAAAUAUAUUGUUGGAAUCUGGUAUAAAUGAGUUGUUUUCAAAAACAGAAAGUCCUUUGUGUUUCUUGGUGUACCGAAAUGAGAUACCUCUUUAUGAUCCCGGUAGCAAGUGGUCUGGUGAAGCUUGA